CGCCGAGGUGCCGUGACUCCCGCACGCUUCCGCUCCCCGUCGCGCCUGCGAAAGCAUCCGCACGACGUCCACGGCAGCCACUGUAAAUAGGGAGUGUAUAUAGUGUGAUACGGUGAGUGCUUAGGUGCGUGGGAUUUUAGUUGGCAAUGAGUUCAAGCAACAAAUCCUUGGUGUCCUCUGGUGGAAGAGGCACCAAUAAAAAUAAAUCACAACAACAUGGCAAAUCUGAUCAUCAUCAUCAUCAAACUAAAUCAGAUUCAACCAAACAUGACAAGGCUCAGCAAAACACAAAUCAAAUGCGCAACGCGCAAAUCAUCGAUACCAGAAUGGCGGGAGGUGAGGACCCUGUUCUGAAGGAGCGUAUCAAACAGGUCAUGGAUAUGACUCGACGUUCGGAAGAUGAGGUGAUCAUGGCUCUGCACGAUAGUGAUGGAGAUUUGGACCGCGCUGUUAACGACCUUCUAGAAGGAGUAAAAACAGAAUGGGAGGUUAAAAAGAAGAAGCCUCGUCAGCCUAGCGGUUCCAAGCAGACCACAGAUCAGUCGAGUGGACAAGACGACAAUGGCGAUUGGGAAGAGCGACGUAACCAACGUGGUGGUGGUCCUCCGCGUAUGCGCGGCCGCGUUAAUCAUGACAAUCGUGGAUGGCGCGGACGAGAAAAUAAGGAGAACGAGAGGAACAUGGAAGAUGGUAUGCGUGAUGGCAGCUAUAGCAGAAGAGGCAGAGGUGGAUCCGGAAGAUCAGGUCGCGGAUGUCGUAGCGGGGGCCGAGGUCUUGGUCCAAGAACAUUUGCAAACCGAAACGAUCCAUCAUCUGCCUCCACUGCGCAUGGUUUUAAUCGGCCCAUUGAAACCUGGACAGGUAGUGAGGAGCAACAACAAAGUAUUCAAGAACCAAAAAUGGAUGCUUGGAAUAAUUUGGACUCUACAGAAGACUGGGAUAACGAGGAGUACACAGGAUCUCUGGCAGAUACGAAAGUCUUCACCCCGAGCACGAACAUCCUCGAGCCUCCGCCUGUUCUGGAGGAACAGAAGCCCCAGGAAAUAUCAUCCACGCAAACCAAUCAGGGGGUUAAUUUGUCACUGCUUCAGCAGGAGGAACUACCAAAACUGUCGGAUAUGUCUACAAUGCAGCAGCAAAAUUUAAUACAACCUCAACAGCAAGCCCAACAACAAGUGUUGGGCUUACCGACAAUGCAACUAUCACAACCUAGCGCUAUUAGUGGUGUACUAACAGCGGCACAAACUCAAUAUCUGACGCAACUUACUCAGCAGACAAGUGAAAACUUAAAAGCAGCUGCACAAACGUCGUUUUCGUCAUCCAUGUCCAAUCAGCCUCAGAGACAAACGAAACAACGUCCAAGAGUACCUCCACCGUCGAAAAUACCAUCAAGUGCUGUAGAAAUGCCUGGUGAUGCGGUGAAUAGCGGAAUCGGUUUCCUCGAUGUACAGUUUGGCGCGCUUGAAUUCGGUAGCGAUUCCAGCUCCAUUGACGGUUCGGCGAAUGAAAAGUAUAACUCCACAAGUAAUACAAUCACCGGUGUAGACAUUUCUUCCGGUGCGAAUACUGCGAACACUGCCAAUACGAGUAAUUCGCUCGACAUCGAAACUACGCAGACUUCCACCACACCUUUCAACGCCAGCUCACAGAUGUUACAGAGCACCGACACUCUGCCAGCAUCCAAUGAGCAUACGAUUAGUUCCCAAGGUUUCACUCGUGGAAGCAGUAGUGGCCAAAGCUUGGACAUAACCAAGCAAGAUUUCACAUCGCAAGUCUCACCCGGAAAUGCACCGACGUACGGUGGUACGACGACCUAUCAGUCGUCGCAAAAAUCAUCUUUCCAGCCGUCGAGUGGUACGCCAAGUACCUACAAUGCAUAUUCGACUAAUAAUCAAUCUCAGUCUAGCUUCCAAAAUGCGUCAGGCGCCAAUGCGAGUAGUUAUUCUGCGACGGUAACAGUUUCACAGGCGAGUUACAACUCUUCGACGUCGUUUCCGCAAUCCAACACGUCGAACUUCAGUCAACCCUCUCCUUCCGCAUCGGCGUCCGCGACUUCCGGUUACAACCAGCCGACCACUAGCAGUCAGGUUUAUCCAUCCGCAAGCGGAUAUGUACCGGCUACAACAUCGCAAUAUCCAGCGCAGGCUACUAACACAGUAUCAAACAGUAAUGCGGGAUAUCAAACUUACCAGCCUCAAUAUCAGUCUUCAAUAGCAGUUACGACCUUUACGUCUCCAAUAACUCAAAGUUCCGGUUAUCAGAGUGCCACGCAGUCUGUGUACGCAAAUCCAUACGGUAGUUAUGCCAGCCAACCGCAGGCAGCGUCUCACAAUCACAAAUUGAACAGCACUGCGACGAAGGAUUCACAGUACGAUAGCAGUGCAACAACGUCAAACAGUUCUCUCGCGACGACUAGCGCACCAACGUUGGGUCUCACCUCGACGUCAGUUAAUAGUUCACAGACUAAAGUGACGAAUUCCAAUGCUGUUCCAAAAAGCACAUCAAGUGGAGUAGUGACGGGUAGCAGUGGUACCGGCAAUAUGACAGGCGGUGGCGCAGCCGGAAGUAUGACGCCGAUGCUUAGUCAUCAGUAUAUCAUGGGCCAAGCGGGUGUACCAUAUGCAGCUUUUCAGCAACCCGUGUACAGUUACGAAGAUAUACAACUUGUACAACAGAGAAUACCACAUAUGCCAACUACUGGUUACUAUGACGCGGCUCUGGGCUAUCAGACGACUGGUCCCGCUACGAGUCUCGGUGGUGGCAGAGGUGAUGCCCUAUCUGGUGUGCAAGGCGUACAGGGUGUCCAAGGAGUCCAGGGAGCCUAUACCAGUAUUAGCGACGCUAGGUUUGCCAGAAAUGACAGCAACGCAUCGCCAGUUCCUUCCACUAUGUCGCAGCAGACUGCUACGCAGCAUCAACAGCCGAUGAUAAAUCCUACUCUUCCUCCGGGAUACGCAUACGCAUUUACUUACGGUAGUGGGAUUAUGCCGGGAGGUUUUCAAUAUGGAACUCCUGCCAUUUAUCCGCAAAUAGCAACGGCUGGCAACGCUGGGACGAAUAGUGGCGCGUACAGCGCUAAACCGGGUAGCUAUGGAUCUGGUUAUGGCGCUGGUGCGAGCUACGAUGCACUGGCUUCCGCUGGUCCGUCUGGAGAAUAUAAGGGGGCCGGUAGCAGUUACACCGGAACUCAAACUGGUAAAACUGGCACAUCCACGGGAAACACUAAUACCGCUGGUUCUUCCGCAACAGAUAUCAGCGCUACGAUGUACGCUAAGAGUCAUGUUGCUCUUGGCAAAGUGAACUCUUACGAAAAACAGACUUUCCACUCGGCUACGCCACCACCAUUCGGUCUUACGGGUAGUCAAAAUGCUGGUUUGCCCGGUGGUUACGGUGGCCCACACUUAUUUAUCCCGACUAUACCACAUCAGCUACAUCAGCCACUUCAUCAGGAUGGCGGCAACAGCGGCAACCAAAGGUCCAACACGAGUUCGCAAAACAAAGCUCAAGCGAAGCCUGGAUACAGUCCUAGUUACUGGACCGGUAGCAACUAAAUACGAAAAACAAAAGACAAAGUUUUGAACGCGACACAAAGGAAGGACGAAGUAAGAAUAUAACAUCUUAUUAAUAGAAUAACAAAUCGUCCUUUGUUGUGAAACGCGAUUGUGUGACAUAGAGACUUUGACGUUGUCAUUAGUUAAAAAUGACGCAUAAAUUGAUAGACGAGAGACUUUACUUUUUUCGAGAAUAACACGAGUCAAUGUGAAAUGAAGGGUGAAUACUUUUGAAAAUUGAAAGGUAUAUGCAAUUAUUGACCAGAUGCUUCCUUCAAUGGUAAUGAAUAACCAAUUUUCGCCCCCUCCUCCCAUGUGUAUGCUGUAUACUACAUUCACUUGUACUUGAUAAUUUAUUUGUUCGGUUCAGCACACUCGCAAACUUCUCCAAGAGA